GGGGCACAGGGGCAUUGUCAUGCUGGAACAGGUUUGAGCUCCUUUGUUCCAGUGAAGGGAAAUAGUAAUGCUACAGCACACAAAGACCUCCUGUACAAUUGUGUGCGUCCAACUUUUGUGGCAACAGUUUGGGGAAGAACCACAUAUAGGUGUCCACAAACUUUUGGCCCUAUAGUGUAUGUAUGGAGGACCAGAUCGGCCGGAAUCUGUUUUGUGUAAUCCACACGAUAAUCUGUGGGAGUUUUUACACAUUCAGGUACAGCAUUAAAGACUAGAGAUGACAUUAGCUAAAGUACUAAAAAGUCCUUUUCAGGCCAUGAGACAUAGGUGGCCAGUGGUGGACAAUAUUUUAUGUAACUGCAAAUUUAUACUAAAAUACAAUUAUACUAUAAUAUAUACUGUUAGUAUUUGAAUCACAGUUUAUAUAGUUUUUGAUAAAUGUCUCUUAAAAAUAGAUCAAUCAUUUAUUGAACCAAAUAGUGUGUGCAACAAAGUUUCUGAAACUGUCAGUGUGAACUUCUGAGGUAUAAAUAAUCCAGCGUUUAGUCUUCCAGCUCAAUAAUCCAGCUCACAGUAUUAUCUUUGGCUGUAUGUUGCCUGUAUGCAGUUACUGUCAUGUAGCUUUAAGCACAGUGAUGGCACAAGAGUAUGUGCAGUCAGUCUGUGGGGUAUUAUAUCAAUCAACCAAUGGGAAUACUCUGUGACAUUUGAUUGACAGCCCAAUAUUGCAAGGACAAGAAAAAUGCAGGAGUAAAUGAGUGGAUAAAAAAAUUAAAACAAAUGAGUAAAUGCAUAGACAAAUAAUCACAUCAAUAAGCAAUUAAAAUUUUUGAUAUACUAUGUAUUAUGCAAUGAAAUGCUAUUAAAAAGAUUAUUAAGGCCAUACAUAUAGCUAAAGAACUUAGACCACAUCAUUUUGUGAUUUCAGUUAUUAAUGUCAGCAUUUGUUUUGCAUUAUUUUCUAUAUUUUUCAUUUUGGUACAUCUGGUACACUUUAAAUGACAUGUAAUCUCCGAAUAUUUGUGAAGAUAACCACAAAUGUUCACUUUCACUACAAGACCAAAAAAGAAACACUUUUGGAGUGUUUAAACGUUUUCUUUCCUGCUUUUUAGGCAAUUAAUCUUGGCGAAACUACAGUGUAUAAAUGAUUCUUGAGAAGUGCUCAGUUGCUUGGAAACCCAUGGCAACACUGUCCACGGCGCACCAGCAGGCCUUCAAGCCGAGGGUGUUCUUUAUCAGCGCUGUGAAAGGCGCCACCUCUUAAAAAGACUUUAUUUAACUGAGACUAAAAGCACUGAAAGAAACUGGCACUAAAACUAAGGCUGUUUGUCCCCAAAUACAAAAGUGACACUUGCGGAAUUUUCCAUUCCCAUUCACUAAUCCACAUUUGCAUUCACUAAUUAAAGGACACAUUGUGAUUAUUUUGCACAGAUUAUUUUAGUCACCAUUCAUACUUGAGAAGGUGGUCAAAACAUCAGUUUUAUAGUUAGUUAUGUGAGUAUUGCAGGAUAUUGUGAAAUGUUAAAUGUCAUAUCCUUCUUCUGUAUGGUAGUAAAAUCCAGGGACCCAGCAGUGUUCUUAAGUGGUCAGAUUUAGUCAGUACGUCACAGGUUCUGUUGCUCUAUUGGGCCUAGGUUCGCCACUGUCCUUCAUUUUUCCUGUGGCUCUGCUGUUACUGGUUCGUGAGAAGUAUAGAAGAGUGCUGAUGACCUCUUUUUCUGUAGUACAGAAAACUCCUAGUGCAAGGUCUUGUUGACUCACUAAUGCUUUGCUUUUACUGUAAAUCCUCUCCGUUCUUGUUGUUCCCACGUUAAAGUGUAGGUGCUACGUUGCCAGGAGAUGGAAUUGCUGAUUGGUGAGAGUACGAGACAAGAGUCCUCCCCCACAUCCUCAUCUCAUAUCCUCACUCUGUGUGAGUUGAAGAGGUGGUGAGGAUAAGUACUUGCCCACCUCCCUUCUCUCUGUGUAAACUAGCCUCUGCCUUGCUGCUGUAGUCCUGCAUUCAGGCCAGACCACAUGACUGAGGACAACUGAGAAAGGAUCCUUACAGAGGGGUUAGUUCUGAGGGGAUUCAAGAUGCAAGACAACUUAGACAGGAUUUUUUUCUAUGCUUCAUUCUCCUCUAUACAUGAACACUGAAAAUCUCAUGGUCAUAUAAGUGAAGAAGUAAUUAGUGUGUGGUCCGAUUGCAGCUCUGUGUGGAUUAUGGGCACUACUGCUAGUGCAGGGUCCCAGCCUGCAUCAGUGACUCCUACACACCACAUCGAUCACCAAGCUGGUGAUAUAGCUGAAGACAAGCGCUCCAUGAGCAGCAGCUCUUCACAGGCACUGAAUAUUCCCAACAGCAAACCCAAGUCCAUUAUCACAAACAAGGUGGCCCCCGUUGUCAUCACGUAUAACUGCAGGGAAGAGUUUCAAAUUCAUGAUAGUAUCCUCUCAGCUAACUACUCUGUGGGAAAAAUAUCUGACACACUACCUGAGCAUUACCUAGUGCUGGGGGAGUUUUUUAUGGUGCAGGAUGUGAAUAGUAGAGCAGAUGUCUUAAACACUACAGGAAGCUACGGGGCCCCUAACUUCCGGAAAGCCAAGGAAAACUACCCUCUCUUUGGAAUGGGCCAGGCCAGCCUGAAUGGCUUCAAACAGGUCCUCCAGAGGUUAGAGAGUGAAGCUUAUGAGGAAGUGAUAUUCUUCUGUGUGCGGGAAGAGCCUAUUGUCUUCCUGCGUCUGGAUAAAGACUUUAUUCCAUACACUCCCAGGAGGAAAGAGAACCUCCAUGAGAACCUACAUGACCUGAGAAGUGUGGUCAGAGCAGAGCAGCUGGAGCUGUCCAUCAGAAAAGAGCUGUGUGACUUUGCUAAACUCUGUGAGAACAUCAUCUAUGUUUAUAAUGACAUUGAGAACUUCAAAGAUGAGCCGCAGCAUGUUAGGAUUGUGUCUGAGGAGGACAUACUUGUAACCGAGGAGGUUUACAAAAGACCACAGUUCAAUUUGCCUUCAUACAGAUAUUACAGACUCCCGCUUCCUAAGGAGGGGGCACCAGUGGAGGAGGAUUUUGAUGAAUUUGUAAAUGUGCUUAGGAAAAGCCCUAGCUUGUCAGUAUUGCGUGAUAGCUCCAGGCCUCUGCCUGCACUGCUGUUCAGCUGCCAGGUGGGGGUGGGACGAACCAACCUCGGCCUUAUCCUUGGUGCACUAGUCUUUCACCAUCUACAUGGGGCACCGUAUAACACCAGGGAAGAGGACACAUCAGUCAAGCAGCAGCCAGAAUUUCAAGCCAUUCAGAAUCUGAUCAGUCGCCUCCCCAAAGGUCAACAAGUGCUUGAUGAGGUCAAUAGAGCUAUUGAAAUGUGUUCAGAAAUGCACAACAUCAAAGAUGCAAUAUAUGAAAAUAAAAGAAAAAUGGAAGCAAUUUGUGAGGAUUAUCAGAUACAAGGAAGCAGUACAAAGACUUAUUUCUUGCAAAAGACCCUGCAGAAUCUUGAGUCUUAUUUCUACUUAAUAGUGUUCAAUGCUUAUCUUCAUGAUCAGUAUCCUCAGAUGUUUGCCCAGAGUUUCAGUCAGUGGCUGUGUGUGAAUGCAUGGAUCUACAGGCUGCUUGGCAGUAUGAACCGUUCUGAGCUCUUAGCACCAGCCAGCCUUGUCACUGAUGGCACCAGGAUACUGGUGGCCAGUGAGUUUUUGGCACCAGACGUACUUGGUACAGCCAAGGAAAUGAGGGUGGCCAACUUCAGACGAGUUCUUAAGACAGUUGUGUAUGGCAUGGCCCAGCCAAGCUCUGAGGCUGUUUCUGUUGUGUUAUCUUACCUCACGGAUGAGCGACGGAGGCAUUCCAGCAUUGUAUGGGUGAAUCUGCAAGAGGAACUGAUUCUGGAAGGUAAUGGGCAGAUGUUCACAUCUCGAGAACCAGGCUGUCUGGAGCAACCAAUCCAAGUGUAUGUGCAGAACCCACAACAGCAUGAGACACUGGAGCUGGCACUAAAAGAGGACAUUCUCAGGUGUGAGAAGUGGCUUGAGGUAGUUCUUGAACAGGAGAAGCAGAUGAGAAUGCUGAAAAGCUGUCAUACUGUCCAGGAAAUCUUUGCCAAGCAAAAGAACAUUUACGCAGGCCUCACAUAUCAGCGUAUCCCUCUUACUGAAUGCUGUGCUCCAAAGGAGGAGUUUUUUGACCAGCUGUUAGAGGCCAUGAAGUGCAGUCUUGGGGAGGAUCCCAGCUCAGCUUUUAUCUUCAACUGCAGUGAUGGGAAAGACCGAACCACUACUGCCAUGGUCAUCGCCACACUUACUCUCUGGCACUUCAACGGCUUUCCUGACUGUGUGGAUGAAGAAAUUGUAAGUGUCCCAGAUGCAAAGUACACAAAAGGAGAGUUUGAGGUGGUGAUGCAGGUGGUCAGAUUGCUACCUGAUGGUCACCGUAUGAAAAGAGAGGUGGACAUGGCCCUAGACGUUGUCAGUGAGACGAUGACUCCCAUGCAUUACCACUUACGGGAGAUCAUUAUAUGCUCGUAUAAACAGAUCAAAAGAGCAAAAUCAGAGGCUGAACUGCAGCAGUUACGUCUGAGAAGCCUGCAGUACCUGGAGCGCUAUAUUUACCUCAUCCUAUUCAACAGCUACCUUCACCUGGAGAAGAAAGACUCCUGGAGACGACCGUUCAGCCUGUGGAUGCACCAGGUGGCAGCACAAGCCGGUAUCUACGGCAUCCUCAACCAGCUGGGCUUCCCUGAGUUUGAGGCACCUACGAGUUGUCCACUGGCCAGACUACGCUACCGCUGGAGACAGCAUAGUGCUUAUUCACUGCCCAUCCGUGGAGAGCUCAUCUAACAGAAUUCUAGCUUUUCACAGAGGAUUGAGUUUGGGCUGUUUAACUAUUUAGGACAAUAUUUUGGGUUUGAUGAGCAGCGACUCAGUCAAUUUUGGGCUACUGAUUAGAAAGUUAAGAGUGCAAAUGCCAACACCACCAAGCUGCCACUUGGCCCUUAACCCCCUAACUGCUCAGCUCAAGUGUAUCUCACUUAAGCACCUGUGAAAUUAAUAAAUGUAAAUGAUGAUUCACAACUCUGAUUAUUCCUAAUUGUAUGAAACUGAAUUAAACUUCUGAGGUUGUGUAAAUUCA